CAAUUAUCAAAAUGGAUGUUCCUAUCAAUAAUUUUAAAGGAGUUAUGCUUUGUAAUAGGCCAAACGAUAAUGUUAUGGUCAUAAAAGAAAAGUAUCAAUAUAAGAAUUACUCAGACCAUUUUGUUCAAGGGUAUAACCAUAUGAUUAAUGGGGAUUAACAAAAAAAUAUGAAGAACCAAAAUUAGUAGUUCCAUAAACAAAUCCUGUCUUAGAGAGACAUAAAAAAUGGUUGGAGGAAUUCAAACUAUAAAAUUAGAUUAAAAAACAUGCUAAGGAAGAAUUAUAAGCAAAAGAAGAUGAAAAAUUUUUAAGAGUUCGAGAAUUAGCAAAGAAAGAUAGAGAAGUGACUAAGAAAAUGAAAGAAGAUUAUAAAUAGAUGAAUGAAAUUAUUAAAAAGGAAUUAUAAGAAGGCGAACCUAAAAGUAAAACGUAUAAAAAUUAUAAUAUUUUUUAAAAGGGUGGCUUUGACAGCAGAUAAUUUGAAAAAGCUAGAAGAAAAAGAUUAAAAAUCUGAGAGUAAACCAGGAGAUAAAAAAAAAAGAUAUAAAACAAAGCCAGUAUGGGCAAUGACUAAAGAAGUAAUUAACAGUUAUAAAAAUUAAAUAUUAGGAAGAAGAAUAACAUAUAAAGAAUGAAGAAGAUGAUCUUUUGAAUUUUGUUGAAAAUUUAGACUAUGAUUCUUAUAUUAAUGAUUUAGAAGUACUUUUAUUUUAAUAUUUAGGUUAAUGUUAUGCUGAAGGCUCUCUAAUAAAGAAUUACUGAAAUUAAAAAAUAAGAUUUUUAGUUAGAUAAGCCAUAAAAUCAAAAUGAAUAAAAGUAAGAAUAGAGAGAGACUGAUAUUUAUGACAAAAUUAGUUAAUCUUUGGGUAAAAAUGAUGAAGCACGAUCUGUUCAUUCAGAAAAGAGUUAAAGUAAAAAAUUUCUUUAAAAUUUAGAUUCGAUCAAUCAACUAAGGAAAAAGUAGGAAUAAUUAGAGUAGGGUAAAUAAGAUUGGGAUAAAACAACUACUAAUGGAGAAUAAAAGGCAACUUUGGAAGAUAGAAUUGCAAAACAUGUGGCUGAUGAAAUUCUUAAUUAAUAUAAAGUAAAUAUAGAGUAAUUAUUAUUAGAAUUUAUCAAAUAUACAUUCAAAUUCUUCUAUCCGAAAAAUAUUAGAAAGAGAAGCCAAAAAAACUCUUUUAGAGAGUGGAAUACCUGGACCUGUCAUUUCUGUUAUAAAGAAUGAGAAAAUGCCAAAAGAUCCCAAUACUUUACCUUACUUACAUCGUAAUCCAGCGAUUUGA